CGCAGUUCACCACUGGCAUCUGUGGCAAUGCCUCCGUGCACAAUUGUGAGUUAUGCGGGAAGGGAUUUCGCUUGCAGCGCAUGCUCAACCGCCAUGUAAAGUGCCACAGCCAAGUGAAGAGGCACCUGUGCACCUUCUGUGGGAAAGGAUUCAAUGACACUUUCGAUCUGAAGAGACACGUAAGGACCCAUACAGGAAUCCGCCCGUACAAAUGUGAGAUCUGCGGCAAAGCUUUUACCCAGCGCUGCUCCCUGGAGUCGCACCUUAAAAAGAUCCACGGGGUACAGCAGCAAUAUGCCUACAAGCAACGGAGAGACAAACUCUAUGUGUGUGAAGACUGUGGCUACACGGGCCCAACUCAGGAGGACUUGUACGUGCACAUCGGCGGCGUCCACCCUGAAAGCACUUUCCUGAAGAAAACUUCAAAAAAACUGGCAGCUGUUUUGCAAAACAAAGGGACCUCUCCAAUGGAGACAAACCCAACAGAGAACAGGGUGGAGCAGUGAUACUGCGUGGGAUUCUAUCGUCGCCAAAGACACUGAAAUGUACAUGUGUAAGAGUUAGGGUUGGCAGGGUCUGAAGAGCGAUUUCAGGGUGGCUGCCUCCGCCUGAGAGUUUCCAGAAGAAAGAUUAAAAGCUCAAGAGGAGGGGCGGGGCCAUUGCCUGCUGGGCCCGAGGGCUUUGGAUUCACUCUGCCCGUCUGCUGCAGUCUGCUAGGCGCCUUCCUCUCCAAGGCACGAGGCACAGCCGGGGGCUGCCCUGGACUACCCCCAUGCUGCCUUCUGCCUUCCCCAGGUGGCACUGGGCUCCCUGCCCUCUCUGAAAAGCCCCACCCCUCAGCUCCCAGGUCCUCCCUCCUGAGUCUCACGCAACCAGGCAAACCUUUUCAGGACAGACCCCCCAAAGGAAGCUACUGCUGCCGCCCACAGUUACGUGAUAUGACUGCCUGCGGGGUUUCUGAAGAAUUAGACCUAUCCGUUAGAUGCAUUUGUAAAAAAAGAAUAAGGAACAGACACGAUGAAUCAUCAUGUGACAGUUCUCUCUAUACAACCUGAAUACUGUACGAUCCCUUCAGUCCCACAAGCGCAUUUGCUAACGCCGUACUGAUGGUUUUAAGUAUUUAACAGAUAAUUUUAUGCAAUUGGGAUGUUGGUAAUGGGCCUUGAAUGAACACGAAUUAAAAUGAAGCUUGUUUGUAAAGUACAGCGCAACUGUCUUCCGUAGCAAAAACUAUUUUGAAAAAAUGUUCCAAGAUACCCCAUUUAGGAAUGAAAUGGCAAAACCUUUAGGAGGCAGGCCCCAGGGGGACAAAGAACUC